GAAACGAGGAAGGCCCGUUGACAACAGAUGGACUAUUGUGGUUCGUUAAAGAGGACAAAAGAUUUGGUUGUUUACUCUCUCCCUCACUAUGAAGGGGGGAACCAUGUCUCCCACCAGAUUCGUGCUGCUGCUCCUGAUUUUGUGCGCCGCAAGGACGGGCCUGUCCCUCAAGCUGUACAAAGCCGAGUCCCUCUUCAACUGCAUCAACGCCGCCCUCUCGGAGGCCGAGAAGAGCCUCCUGGAGGAGAACUCCCCCCUGGACAAGAGGAAUUCCGACUACCCGCCUGGGAAGGAGGCUCCCUCACCGCGGGAGGAAGCGGAGGAGGAGGAAAAGGAGAAAAGGACGUUCCCAGAGGACGCCCGUUACCAGUACCAGGCGCCGCUCAAAGGGAAGAUGCACCAGACCCGGGCCAAGAGCGACCGGCGCACCAAAUUCACCCUCUCCCUCGACGUGCCCACCAACAUCAUGAACAUCCUCUUCGACAUCGCCAAGGCUGCCGCCAAUGCCCACUUGAUGGCGCAGAUCGGGCGGCGGAAGUGA